AUGGAGUCCUUUGAUCUGACCUUUCAUGAAGUGACCUCUGAUGAAAGCCUAAAUGAAGCAUCCAGCUUUGACUCUUUUAGCAGUGUUGUUAACUAUGAAACCUACUUUGACACAUCUGAUAAAUCUCUGCCACAGAAUGCCUACAAUCUGAACACAGCCCAGUACAGCUGGAAAGACUACACUUAUCCCUCAACAGCCUCCAUUCAGACUACUAAUGGUGGGGUUCCCACUGGUCCUAAUGCUAGUUCUGUUCAGCACCAGCCAGUUUGGAGUGACCCUUUGCACGGAAGUCCCCCACAUCGAUCAUUUCUUGUCCAUCCAGAUGAUUCUCUUAGUGAGUCAAAAGGUGUUCAUGUAGACCCAGCAUCUCCAACAGUAACUAUUGCACAGCUGCAAGUUCUUGCACAGGUGUCAUCAAACACAUCAGCUGUCACAAAAGGAGGCAGACGAACUCAAAGAUUUGUAGCUCGGACAGUCACCUCACCAUCAACUCCUAUUCCUCCCACGGCACUCAUGGCUCACCAGUCUGGAGCUUCACCUAUUCCAGCUUCAGCCGCUGGAACCUCAAGUUCAGCACCGGUGCUGCAGGAGAAUGCUGAAGAGAGUCCGGAUGAUAGUAGCUUUGAGACUGUGGCAGAAGCCUUGAGACUACAAUGGUCUGUAAUAGGUAACAAGUCUCUGACCCCAGCCUCCCCCGAUGUAGUGGCUCAGAUUGUUGCCGAGGCAGAAAGAAAGAUGAAGGCUGGAAACGCUAGCCCCUUGCCACAAGCCUUCACACCAGCCACUUCUCCUACACCAUUGACAAACUCAUCAUCAACCCCAGUCAAUGCUGCAGAUGUAAUUAGUUUAUCCAGACCUCUACCCAGCGUCCUUCAGGAAGUACACAGAGACGACUGUCCCAGAGAACUGAUGAGGAUUAUCCCAAAGGAAAUCACCAAAGAAAAGUCACAAACUAACUCAUGGUUUUCUUCUGGAGCCAAAAGUCCAGAUCCGUCUGUGAAUAGAACUAGCGGGAUAAACAGUCCUGUGCCAAAGACAAGCAAAACUACAACUGCUACACCCUCAGUGGGACUCCCAGCUGGUACUGUUGUUUCACAUAAUCAAGAAGUGCAUCAGAAGCUUCAAACAAAUGAUAAUAUUACAUUUUUCUCAGCAUCAGCUAGCAAAACUGCCUCAACUUUUGUGCCUGUGUCCACAGACUCCACACCCAUGAGCCCAAAGGGGGAUAUCUCAGACACUUUCAGUGAAGCUAGUUAUUCAAGUGAACUGGAAAUGGAGAAAUACCUUCAAGGAGCUGUAGCUUCGGUGGGGAUUUCUACCAAUUACCAGCUGGAAUGUGAAGAAUUUCUCAAGUCGUUGCCUCCAAUUAAACCAAUUAAUUUGGAAGCUUAUGCAGCGAUUCCUUUACUGCCACCAAGAUCUGAAAAAUUAUUGGGCAAGAAACAGAAAUUGACUGCAGCUAAAGCACAGAUUAGUAAUGAGAAGACAACUCAGAGUGAGAGUGAACCAAGUACACCCACCAGGAAAGGCAGCAGUACCUCUCUGUAUUCCGCAGAAUCCCCAACACAGUCCACAAAAACCAACUCUACCUCUGGUACACCACUGUUGACAAGAAUGGCAGAUUUUUAUACCCCAGAUUCUAAAAUAGACUUGCCAUCACAUCAGUUGUCCCCAGAAUUUUCUACUGAAAACCGCGGAACCUCCACACCCAAUCAAAGCCCUUACACCCACUCUACAUCUCCUGGAGGGAUUUCCUAUCUCACCUCCUUCAGUAAGAAACAUUUUGAUGAACUGUUGAAAGAGAAGGCGAGACUUCACGGCCAGCUAGAAAUAUUGUCAGAAGAGUCGCAGAUAAUGCUGCAGGAGAGGACAGAGCUGCAAGCACAGUUAGCUACCCUAAAAUCCAAACUGGCAAGUUGGCAAAAGGAAGGUGGUUCAGCUGGUGAUGGAAACUUGAGGAAAGAAGUUGAAAACUUGAGGCUGUCUAGAAAGCUGUUAGAACAGACCAUUGUUGACGCUAACAGAAUGCUUUGUGAAAAGGCUGAAGAAGUCAGGGCGUUUCAGGAUGAGCUUCAAGUUGCCCAGGACACUGCAAAUAGACUUCAGGUUAGGAGUCAGGAGAUGAGAGAUGACAUAAGAGCCAAGGAUAUGAAUGUGCAGGCUUUAAAAAAUAAAAUUGCCGAGUUAUAUGUGGAGGUUCAGACCAGUAUCCAGGCUAAAAUGGAGGCCGAAACAGAAGCCAGAACCUCGAGAAAUGACCUCAUGUCACUAGUGAAAGCAAAAGAGUGGUACCAAGAACAAUUACAGUUAGCUCAUGAUGUUCGGGCAAAAUUGCAAAGAGAGUUAACGAUCCUUCAGGCUCAAGCAAUGUCCCAUGGCACGAUUGUAGAGAGGCUGAAGUCUGAAUCAGCUCGGCUAAGGCAUCAGUUGUCUGAGACCCAACAGCGAGCUCUGCAGGACAAGGAGCUGCUGGCAAGGCACUUGGAAGGAAUACAGUCUGACAUGAUGGAGCGGGAGUCAGCUUUCUUAGAGAUACAGCGUGAAAGAAAACUCUAUGAAGACACUUUUAAUUAUCAGGUAACCACAGCAGAAGAAGAGAAAUCUCGAUUGGCUAUCCUGCAGCAGGCAACCAAUGAACUGGAGGCUCAACUAGAUCGGGCCCAUACGGAGGCAAAGAGACGACAUGAGCAGUUAAUCUCCAUGGAGACAGGGCAGAUGGAUGUCAUGAAGAGACUGGCUGUUGCAGAGGAGACUCUUGCAGACAAGGAGAAAUCUUUAGAGGAGAUGGAACAAAGAAUGAUUCAGAUGGAAUCCCAGCUGCAGGCUGUUAUGUCAGAUCUGACAAAGAAAGACCAAGAAAUCCUUAGUCUGAAGGAGGAGAAAGCCAACACUGAGAUUGCUCUCAGGUCUGCCCUUCAAGAAAAGGCCUCUGUGGAUAAGGCUCUAGAGAUCCUGAAAUCUGAUAUGGGCAGGGUUGAAAAAAGUUUCAAGCAGAUGAAACAAGAAUUGAACCAGAGACUAGCAGAGCUUGAGCUGGCCAGAUUGGAGAAGGAAAAACUGCAGGAAGAAGUGGACCGCACACAACAUGAGCUGGAGUUGAAGUCUCGAAGUAUGGACACCCUGUCUCGUGAUGUCACCGGACGCUCUGCAGCUCAGCAUGGACUUGAGGCUGAAAAGGCCAAACUGGAGGAGGAUCUGCAUGAACUUCAGCUGAAGAUGCAACACUUGGAAUACAUGCUGACCCAGAAAGAGCAGUCACUUGUAGCAGAAACAGGCAAAGUUAACCAGUUGUCAGCAAAGGUCACUGAUCUAGAAGCAAAACUGGAGAUAGCCAAGGACAGCGUACCAGUGGAUAAAGUUAGAAUUUAUGAGAAUGAGAUUGAACUUCUGAGAUUACGAAUCCGUGCCCUAGAAGAAACAGAGAUUGAAGAAGCUAGUGCUUUGGAGAAAGAGAAAGAGAAAAUGCAGGCAGAAAUAACCAGAUUGAAGGAGGAACUUCUCCAGAGGCAAAAAGCUUAUGAUGAGAAUCUGGAUGUUUUAGACAGGAAGUUGAAGGAGCUGACAGACGACAAGCAACAACUGGAAACUGAACUUGGAAUAGCUCAAAGAUCUGAAGAAUUGUCUCAGCUGGAAGAGAGAGACAGUGUUAGAGAGGAGAUUCAGAGUCUGACAAAUGAGCUGAGGUCAGAGAGACAAGGGAAGCAUGAACUGGAGCAAAGGCUGCUAUCAUUACAAGCAAGCAAAGCUGCAGAAAUUGAAGCCCUGCAGAAAAAACUGGACAUUCAGUCGGAGACUCUUCAGGCUCUUCAGUCCCAGCAGACCUUGCUUGCUGACCUUCAGUUGUCCAGUCAGAAUCUGGAGCUGGAGCUUGAAAAGGAGAAAGGAAGAGUUCUAGGGUUGAGCCAGACAAAUGCAGAACUGAAAGAGCACAGUCACCAACUGGAGGCAGCUCUGGCACAAAGAGAGUCUGCCCUUGAAUCUUUGAAAAGGUCAGUUGAAGAGUCGACUCGUGACCUUGACCAGAGAGAUCAGAAGUUCCUGGACAGAAUAUCCAGCCUGGAAGAAGCUGUGGAGAAAGAGUUUGAAGUCCAGCGAGAGCUGCGGAAACAGAUGGGAACAAAGAUCAUGGAAAAUAAACGAUUGAAGAAACAGAAUGAUAGCAUCAAGAUGGAGCUGGAGCAGCUACGCCAGGAUCUGGCCAUCAGUCAGCAGACGGCUGUGGAAGCUAUGGCUGAGCUAGAAACAGCCAAUAAACAAUCACAGAGCCAGCUGACGGAGGCCAGAGAAAACUCUGCACUGGUUAAAUCUCUGGAAGCCGAACUAGACAGAGUGAAACGGGACUUGAAUGACAAUCUGGCCAGACAGCCAGUUCUCCUGGAACAAAUACAGAGCCUGCAGUGGGAGUGUGCCCAGAAGGUCCAUGAAGUUGAGGCAGCCAAGGAACAAAUCAAGAUUGCUGAGGAGAGAGCUCAAGGAGAAAUAGGUGCAGCAAAAGCAUCGCUGCAGGAAAAGCAGUCGGAGAUCGACCGUCUGCAAGCAGAACUGGCUUCUUUAAGGCAAGAGAAGAAACAUCAGCGUUCUCAGGUGAACGAGUUGAGGGGUGCCUUGAAAGCAUCGGUGCAACAUCAUAAGCUGACCAAACGUUUAAAUGAGAAUGACACACUUGACAAAGGUGUCCAGGCGAACAUAGAAAGGAAGGUGGUUAUCCCCCCUCUACCGUUUGAUCUUGCAGUGGUGGAGCAGCUUAUACAAGACACCAGAGUGACCCCCCUUGAUAGCAAACCACUGGACCAACUGUCUGUCUGCCUGUCCUCCCUGAGAGCUGAAAUCAAUGGCCUCCAGAAGCAGAUGGACCGCCAUACCACGGCGGUGCACACAUCCAGUCAGUCUUGGAAGACUGUUCAGAAAGGCGUCAGUGAUCUGAAUGAAGUAAUGAAAACCAUUGCUAACACAAUCAUCGCAGCCAACAGCACACCAACCACCACAGUAACCUCUGCCUCUGACAGAGAACGCACAGACAUUUUACACGUGUAA